GUGGUCGCGGCGGCGUGGGCCGGCAGCGGCACCUUGCAGCCUGUGGGGAUGAGAGGUUGGGCGGACUCGGGCCUGGGCCCGUAUGGACCCCCUGGCGCUGGGCCGGUGGCGACGGCGGAGGCCAGAGGAGCUGCAGGUUCUGGGGGACGCGAAACGGGCAUGCAGGAGAUUAGAAGCAGCGGCGCAGGAGUGGGGCUGCCCCCAGGUGAAGGUGCGCGUGUCUGCAUCCUGGGGCAGUAAGGAGCCCGAGUCACCAGAUGCCCAGCCCAGAGGCCACCUCCCUGCACCGAGGCCAGACGGUGGCCAGGGGCGACCAAGCGUGGGGGUUCCUCAGGACGGUGGAAAGAGCUGGGCCCAGCCUUGCCCAAGAUGCAUUGCGGGGGAGUCUGACGGGAAGAGAGACGGACGAACAACAAUGUUCUGAGCAGGAGAGCGGUUUCCAUCUUCCAUUCUAUCAAGGUACAGUGGCCAAUGACAGCACACAGAUGUGGACCAUGACAGAUGAAAUGGACACUGAUUUUUAUGUGGCUGAGAGAACUGGUUUUAACCCGUGAGAUCUGUGGAAGCCUUUCCCAAUGCAAACAUCACCAAGCUGCUUCCUGUUACUUUUGCCUGUAUGGCUGUGACACUACAUCUCCCGCUGCAUGCGGGCAGGGCCUCCUCACUACACCUCACACACAGCUGAGCCCAGCCUACGUGAAUGUUCGGGGCUGGGGGGAAGGGAGGGCAGCGGAGGGGCAGCAGUCCCUGUAUCCAGUAAGCGAGGCACAGAGAAAGUCAAUGGCUUCUACUUAAGGAUACCUCUGUGCCGAUGCUGGUGUGUAAAAAUGAGGCCAUGGGGGCCUCCUCUCAACGGCUGCGCUCUCUGAGUUUCUUUCCCAUAAAAAUGAUGGGUUUGCUCCAAGCACCCCAUCAGAUCAUGUCAUUUCCCUCACGCACCCACCAGUCCUACACCAUUCCUCUCCCAGGCCCCUGACCCCUGAAUCACUACCUACGUGGCUAAAUGUUCUCCAUCCAUUCCUCAUUCGUGUAUAUAUAUAUUCCUAUAUAUGUACAUGUAUAUAUAUAUAUAUAUAUAUAUAUAUAUAUAUAUAUAUAUAUAUAUAUACGCACAUAUACAUCUCCCUUGAGGACCUACCAAGGGUGGGCCCAGGCUCCUUAGUUGAGCUGCGGAUCAGGAAGAGAGAGGUGCGACAGAGCAGUGGGCAGGCACCUGCAGGGCGGCACAGGCUCAUGGGCACAUUUGGAGAAGGAGCCCUGGCGACAGCAGCCUUUGGGGGACAGGGGAGCAGACAAGACUGCAGGGGGUGGUGUGGGAACUUGGGGUUAAACAGCAAGAAGGAAGGUUGGACAACAAAGGGUCACCAAGCCAUCAUUAGAUGAUGGAACCCCUCCCUUCAGGCCCCCCGUCAGCCCCCCCCAGUCAGUCAUUCCACAGCCAACCUGGCCAAACUGAGCAGAGGCAGUUUCAAGGCUCCAUGCAUGCAAAGUGACUUCAAGACAUUGGACCCCCCCCCCCCACCUUUCCCCUUUGCCUCUGAAGGCACACGUGGCUGCACCUUGUAAGGACCAGAGCUCUGGAGUCCAGCGCUGGGGCUGGAGUUGCAGCCUCCUGGCAGUGUGACCAGAACAUGUCCUCCGACGUUUCUGUGCAUGUGCCUAUCUUGGGGUGCUGGCACAUAACAUCCAAUGCAUGUGAGCUGCUUUUAAAAACAUGGGUAAUUUUAUGUCCUAAAAUAUUGCUUACUGCUUAAAUAGUUUCAUGCUGGCUCACAUUAAAAAUGAUUCCCAAGUGAAGAUGACAAGGGGGAAAUAUUCGUUAUUUAGUUCUUUUCUUACAUUAAGCUAGCAUAAUAAAGUACAUUUCUGGGUUGCA